UAGAGCCUUUUCUCGUUCUGAUGCCCAUCACUAUUCUAUUUCCUUCUACUCCCACAUGCAUAAAAAUCUCAUCUUCCCUAAUAACUAUACCUUCCCUUUUAUCCUCAAAUCUCUGUCAGACCUCAGGAGCCUCAAACAAGGCAAAUGCAUACAUGCCCAGAUCGUUAAGUUGGGUCCCCUCAAUGAUAUUUAUGUUCAGAAUUCGCUACUGAACUUGUACGCGUCCUGCGGGGACAUGGUGUCAUCUGGCUACGUGUUCGAUGAAAUGCCUCACAAAGACGUGGUUACUUGGACCGUAGUCAUCACUGGGUAUCGAGAAUGUAGCAUGUUUAAAGAUGCACUAAUUGCGUUUGAGCAAAUGCAGAAUGCAGGUGUGGAACCCAAUCAGGUGACGAUGGUGAACGCGCUGGCUGCCUGUGCGAGUUUUGGGGCGCUUGACAUGGGGGUGUGGAUACACGAGUUUAUAAAGAGGAAAGGGUGGACACUGGAUGUCAUUCUGGGUACUGCUUUGAUUAAUAUGUACGGAAAGUGUGGUAGAAUUGAAGAAGGUCUAAAGGUUUUCAAAAGCAUGGAAGAGAAGAAUGUUUUCACGUGGAAUGCCCUGAUUAAAGGGUUUGCUUUAGCUGAAAAUGGUCAGGAGGCAGUUAUGUGGUUCUCUGAGAUGGAGCGAGAAGGAGCUAAUAAGCCUAAUGAGGUGACCUUGAUUGCAGUGCUUUGUGCCUGUGUUCAUUCUGGAUUGGUAAAAUGGGGGGAAGAAAUUUUUUCCUCUUUACUGCAUCAGAAAUAUGGAUUUUCACCUGGUGUCAAACACUAUGCCUGUAUGAUUGAUCUAUUAGCACGUGAUGGACGUUUAGAGGAUGCUCUAAGGAUCAUUGACAAACUGCCUUUUCAGUCUACCAAGACUAUUUGGGGAGCCUUCUUUUCUGGAUGUAGAGUACAUGGGAACUUAGAAUUAAGUGAAGUUGCAGCUAGGAAAUUAGUGGACCUGGAGCCAGAAAAUUGUGCUUACUAUGUAGUCCUGUCUAAUCUUUAUGCAGAAAUGGGAAGAUGGGAUGAUGUGGAAGAAAUUCGAAGAUUGAUGAAAAACAAGGAAUUUAGGAAGGAUUCUGGCAAUAGUUCUAUUGAACUUGAAUAUCUGGAAGAUGUCUCCAAAUGGUUAGAUUAGAAAAAACAAUUGUCUCCAUUUUCACACCGAGUAAGCCAAAGGCUUCUCCUCAAGCUAAAGAUGUAACUAAAGGCUGCUGCAAAUCAAUCAGGUUUGAUGUGUGAAGGAUCGUUCUUUGGUCAUGAACUAUGUGGGCUAUCUUUGCAGCUGGAAACAUGAUAUUAUGCUUGUCGCAGUGGUGGAUACAGCAUUCGCAAUUUCAGUUGA